UAAUUUUCAAAAUGGCGGACGGUGCGAAAAUUUUUGUUUGAGGAACUCCAGAAACUCUCCGGCCGGUGGCGCGAUCUGACGAGGAAUGCGGCAAGCAGCUCUUUUUUUAUUUCUUCUACAUGGACAAGUGGAGUGUACUAAUUUAUCGAAAAUAAUCACGGACGACGACUCUCGGCUCCGCUCUCGCAGUUUCGCACUGAACGGGACACACGAUAAUUCACGUAAAUGAGCCGAAUCCGAAGGGAACAAUGAGCUCGUUACAGCAAGGGAACAGAUUCCUGCCGUUCUCGAACAGCAAUCUGCAAAGGAAGCAACUGUCCAUGCAAGGUGGUCUUCCUCAGAGCUUGAGCGGCAGCGAGACUGACGUUUCCACCUCCAACGAGAAUCUGAGCAACGAGGAGAGAUACGUUAUAAGGCAUACCGCGAGGCAAGAGCCGCAGGGUCAAGAGAAUCAACAACAAAGCCCUUCCAGGUCUUCCAGUCACAAGGAGAACAUACCGAAUAUCCAGGGCAACUUACACAACAAUAGGAACAGUCUAAAGGACAGUUUGAGCGGAUCUAAUAGGAACAGUCUCAAAGAGAGUUUGAAUGGCUCCAAUCGGAACAGUCUGAAAGACAGCAUUAAUGGAUCCAAUCGGAACAGUUUAAAGGACAAUCUGAGCAAUCGUAACAGCGGUUCGAACAGGAGCAGCUUGGAUGUCUCGACGAGUUCUUACAACACGUUAAUCAUACAUAACGCUAACGACGACAGCUCGUGGAUACCAUCUGGAAGGCUGUCAGGCAUAGUGAGAGAACAUGGAGACAUGGGAUAUCUGUACUGCGAUGGGAAAGGCCAUUCCAACAGUCCUACGAUACAGUCCUUGUCGAAUCUGCCGCACGAGGAUUACGUCCAUGAGCAAUCCGGUGGUGGUUGCCAAGAAAUUACGGACAUCCCGGAUGAUUAUCUCAAUCAGUCUCAGGUCUUGAAACAUCUAGCAAAGGAGGUAAAAGUGCCGCCAUAUUCGAGCAACAGUGGCAGUCUGGACAUGAGAUUAGCUGAGAUGAGAAUAAGCGAUAGGGGAAAGCAGAAUGACGGCGAGUACGAGUACACGCACAUACCCAUGUUGUUGAAAAGCAAACAUCGACUUUUUGGACCGACGGAGAAGCUAACGGUGUCGCGAUCGCAGCCAGAUUUAUCCAGAAUCAAGGCAGACAUUGACAGUUACAAUCUUCGGACAACAUCGCCCCGGCCGCAAACCAAGGGACGGGAGGAGUUGGAAAGGAAGACAGGCGAGGUGUGGCCGUCGUCGGAGAUGAUUCAGAUAGUGAUCCAGGAGAACAGCGCGCUGAAACUCGAGCUGGAGCAUUGUUACAACAAAGUCGCUAAAACGCAGAAGCUGGAACAGGAGAUAACGAAGGUGCAUCGCGUCCACGAGGAACUCGCGGCGUCCUGUGAGCGACGGGAGAAGCUGGAGCGCGCCGCGCGGUUAAGGCUACAGAAUGAGUGCCGUCGGUUGACCGAGCUGAAUCGCGCGUUUAGAGACCAGAUCGACCUGCUGUCCGCGCGCACGGACAGCCCGCCGAUCGUCGAAACGAUGCGGAAAGAACUGACGCAACGCGAGCUGCUCAUUGGACAACUCAUCACUCAGAAUAAAGAAUUGACCGCUGCGAAGGAAAGACAGGAGAUUGAACUGGCAGCCCAGCGGGCCACUUUGCAGGAGCAGCGUACGCACAUCGACAUUCUGGAUAAUGCGCUGACAAACGCACAAAGCAACGUUGUGCGAUUGGAAGAAGAGUGUCGAAAGAAGCAAGUAUACGUGGAGAGAGUAGGUCAGCUUCAGAGGGCCUUGUCCUCGCUUCAAGCGUCUAGCGAUAGACGAGAAGAAACUGAGAGACAACUGAGAGGUCAGCUGGAGAGGGAGUUGCGCGAGGGCGGUGGCGGCGGGGGUAAUGGUAACGAACAGACGUCGAGCGGCGAAACGAUCGCGGAUCUGAAGCGACGAUUGCGCGAACGGGACGAGAAGAUUAUGUCACUCGAGGGCGACAUUGCGAAGUGGGAGCAACGCUACCUCGAGGAGAGCGCACUGAGACAAGCGGCUAUCGAUGCUGCCAGUUUACCAAAAGACGCGAAAAUCGCUGCUCUGGAGAAAACUAGUCAGGACGCGGAGAAAUUAAUCGCUGAGGCACGCUCGGAGAAGAUGAGGCACAUGGACGAAGUACAUGCCGCGCAAAAGAAAUUGGCCGAUCUCGAAUCUAGAAUGAAAGAUUUGGAAUCUAAACUAGCCGAGAGAGACGCCAUGAUUAGAGUGCUGCAGAAGCACACGUACGACAAGGCGGAGAGCAGUAGCAGCAGCGGCGUCGGCAGCUACCCCGCCGCGCAUUCAUCGCACUCAAGCACAUCGGCGGAUCAUCAUACCGCGCUGACGAGCACGCCGGAACUCGUGAGCAGCGUACUUGGCGGUAGCAGCGGUUACGGCAGCACCGGCUCGUACGGCGUUACCGACAGUUAUAAGUAUAGAAAGCAGGGCAGCUUUGAGCAGACUAAUAAGAGUCUCGAUGACCAACUGAAAGAGCUAGACUCUCAGCUGCUUAGCAAGCGGGCACUUUGCUGUUUUCCAGGAUUCUCUAAUCCAGGCACUACGUCGCGAAAAGGAAAAAUACCCAAGCCACUACUGGCGGGUGUAGAUAGCACAGGUACUUCGAGCACCGCCUCGAGCAAGAGCCGGCUGCUGGACGACUCGUCCGGUAGCGGCGGUGACGUGGUGUCGUCGAGCAUACUCGAAUUUGCGAACGCGGCAGCCAGGUUGAAGGGCACUAUCUCGCGGCUCUCGGACGGCGCUGGCGGCAGCGGUAAGCCGACCGAAGACAUGAUGCUGCUUGAGAAGCAAGGCCGAAGCUCGCAGCGGCAACGGAUGGCGGUGGAGGUGGGCGGCGGCGAGCCUCGUCGCGCCGGGAGUCUGCCGCCGAGCUCGUUGCCACGGCCGCCUAGGGCACUCAAAGCGACCAGUGCCAACUCCCGCUACUGCCGUCUGAGCGACACGGAGACCCGCAAGAAGUCGGAUCCUGGACCGGGGAUAGACGCAUCAUCAGCGACGAACGGCGCGAGCGGCGUGAAAAUAACGCGCGAUUCUUCCGGCAACUGCAGCGUCGAAUACGGGAGAUUCGACACCGGUGUCACCAUGGCCGCGAAGGUAUCGCGCAGCAAGAAGAAGACCUCCAUGGAGAACUUCAUGGCAAAGAAAUCGUCAGGCGGCGGAGGCGGCGGCGGUGGUGGUGGUGGCGAGUACGAGAGGCUGCAAUCCGACACGAUCAUGGUCAGCAAUCGCAAGAAGUCAGCCGGCGGUAGCGGCUUCGCCGCGGCGCUGGAAUCCGCGGUGAGGCACAGGGAGAACCGCUCGUUCAUCCCGCCACCGCCGUCAUCGUCCCGCGCCCGCGGAAUCGGCGAGUACGGCCGCCUGAGCGACGGCGAGACCUCCUCCUCGAUGGCGGCGGCAGCGGCCGCCGUUCUCAAAGGCGGCGGUGGUGGUAACACCCUGAGGAAGCAGACCAGCGGGGCGGGUGGUGGCUCCUCCCGCGGGCAGAGCACCGGCAGCACCGUGAGCAGCAAGAGCGGCCGCGACUCUUGUGGUACCGCCAGCAGCGACGCAUCGACGGCCUCCUUGCCGCCGGCCAAGGCGAGGUCGAUACCGCGCCCCAACUAUCGCAUCCAGUUCUGAAUUGUCCGACACCUAGCCUGCGGAGGCUAUCAAUCUUAGCCGGAACACGUGGUCCCGAACCGCGCGACACGGUUUGACGAAUCUUCGGAUACUUGUAUCGUAUCCGAAUCGGUCGUUUUGAAAGGGGUGAAUCCGCUUUUCGGUUUAUAGUCUUGUCGAAUUCUCUCUCUUUCCCGAUUUUAUAUGUAUAAUCGCGAUUCUCGAGAGAGGAUCUCACUAUUGGAGGCGAUUUCACUUGAAUCUUAAUUAACUAUUUGAUCUUAAUCCGGAAAUAGUCAUUGUUUUUUUACGUAAAUACGAUCAUCUAAGGCAAUUUUUAUAUCCAAUUGAAGAUUACUAUUAUUAAAUUAUAUAUCUCUACAGUUCACUUAAUCAACUGAGUUAUCGAAGACUUGCUAUUAUUAAUUAUAUAUUAUAUAACAUAAAUACAAAAACAAAGAACAUUUUUUCACUUUUAGUCAAAGUGGAUCUUGAUGCUUAAUAUUGUCUAAGUGAAUUUAUAUACAUACAUUUUGGGAGUUUAUAUAUAUAUAAACCCACAAUGUGUUAUCGACCUUGAAA